ACUAGAGGCAGUAUUUGCUCAUAAGCGAGAUACUUCCUCGUCGGUGUUGCUGCGUCUGUUUGCCGGACACCAUUUCGUACUGUGGUGAGGGGGGUAUACCGAUAUUUUGGAUAUUUGGUGUUUCGUCACCAAGGAAGAGUGGGUCUAACUCAUCACGAUGAUGGAGAUCGAGUUGCCAAAAAUGCAUCAGAGUCAACAGGAUAUGGAUCUGAUCGACAUCCUGUGGAGGCAGGACAUCGACCUGGGCGCGGGCCGAGAGGUCUUCGACUACAGCCACCGGCAGAAGGAGUGUGCUCUGCAGAGACAGCGAGCGCUGGAGGAGGAGAAGCGGCAGCAGCUGCUAAGGGAGCAGGAGAAGGCCCUGCUGGCCCAGCUGCAGCUGGACGAGGAGACCGGGGAGUUCGUGCCCCGCCCGCCGCCGGCCGCCCAGCCCCCGCCCCCCGCCGCACCCGCCGAGGUCACGCAGAACGGCCUUUUCGCGGAAGACGAUGGGAACGCGCUCUCCUUCGACGAGUGUAUGCAGCUGCUGGCUGAGUCCUUCCCACUUGUAGAGGCCAUCGAGACCACCCCUCCUGCUCUGGAUGCCCCCACCUCUGUCCCCGCUGGGAGCGACGGCCCCGACAUGAUGGUCCCCAACCAGUCCCCCCUCCCCCAGCAGAAGACCUCGCAGGACCUGGAGCAGGCCUGGCUGGAGCUCCUCUCCAUCCCCGAGCUGCAGCAGUGCUUAAGCAUGCAAAUGGAGGAAGUUUUGGAGCCGACGAGCUUCAACCCCACAGGCGCUCAAACAGAGCUGCAAGAUCCGAACUACAACUUCUACAUGCCCGGCCUCACCGACAUGGUGGCCAACACAGCAGACACUGUCUGUCCUGCGGGGUAUCUCAACACCUUCGAAGGACCUCUCCCCAGCAUCAUCCCCCCUGACAAUCUCAACCAGAUGACCCUGAAAGGCCCGGAGAUGAAUGCCAGCUUCAGCCCGGACGGCUUCUGCGACAUGUUUUACCCAGGCCUUGUGAGCGCGAAGGUCGACGGUGCCGCCCCAGUGGCCAGUGGCGGGAACGUGGCCCUCCCGUUGGCCGAGCUACAGAGCGCACCGCCGCUGAAGCCAGCGGACGUCCCAGAAUUUGGCCUGGGGGAGGGGUUCGAGAGCAGGAAGCCCGAGGUGGUGGCGGAGUUCGUGGAUUCAGACUCGGGCCUGUCGCUGGACGCCAGCCCGGAUGCCAGCUCUCCGGAGAAGUCCACGUGCGGUGACGGCUCCUUCGGCUUCAGCGACUCGGACGUGGAGGAGAUGGACAGCGACCCCGGCAGCGCCGAGUCAGACAUCGCUGACAUGUUCCCGCUCACCUUCAACCCCGACGCCUACCAGGGCGCCCCUGCCGUCGCCACCCCGCCCGCCCAGCCGCCCGAGGCCAAACCCGAGCGCCCCAAAACGGAGCCCGAGGAGGGGAGCGGCCACAACAAGCGUCCCUUUACCAAGGACAAGCACGGCAAGAGGCGCGGCGAGUCCCGGCUCUCGCGAGACGAGCAGCGGGCCCAGGCCCUUCACAUCCCCUUCACCGUGGACAUGAUCAUCAACCUCCCCGUGGACGACUUCAACGAGAUGAUGUCCAAGCAGCAGCUGAGCGAGGCCCAGCUGGCCCUGGUGCGGGACAUCCGCCGCCGGGGCAAGAACAAGGUGGCCGCCCAGAACUGCCGCAAGCGCAAGAUGGAGAACAUCGUGGGGCUGGAAUACGAGCUGGACUCGCUGAAGGAGGAGCGGGAACGUUUGCUGAGGGAGAAGACGGAGACCGGGAGCAGCCUGCGGGAGAUGAAGAAGCAGCUGAGCAGCCUUUACCUGGAAGUGUUCAGCCUGCUGAGGGACGAGGAGGGCAAGCCCUACUCCCCCAACGAGUACUCCCUCCAGCAGACCUCCGACGGCACCGUCUUCCUGGUCCCCCGCAUCAAAAAGACACUGAUCAAGCCCGAGGGCAAUUAGCACUUACCUUCUUCUUUUUUGUUUUUUUUUUUCUUUUCUUUUUGUACUACGUUGUUACCUUUAAAAUUCUAUGCAAAAAAAUACUAAUAACAAAUCCUUUGUAGCAGAAAGA